CGAUGAGAUCAAUAAAUCUCAAACCCCUUACUUAACCGGCUCAAUAACUUCACCCGAUUUGACAAUCUUGCAUCACAAGCAUACACAACGCAUGAAGAGUUUUUACAAAAACAGAAAAGCAGGAAAAAAAGUAUCACUAGGUGCCACGUGGUGGCUGGCUGUUGCCAGUUCUAAUCACCCACGUGUGACCAUAAUUUUCGGUAGACAAUUCUGCAUAUCAAUUCUCACCACUCAGUCUCUUUCUUUCAGGGAAAACAGAUUACUCGAAAAAUAGAAAAACAGGUAACAAAGGUAAAAAAAAAAACAAAGGACAAGGAGAUUAACAAAGAACAAAUGGGAAGUAAAGAGCGAACAAAAGACAAAAAAGAAAAGAGAAGGCAAGAAAUUUCUCUCCUCCGCACAAUUCCCUAUUCAGAUCAUCAAAGAUGGUGGUCAGUGGAAACGGUUGCAGUGGUGACAGGGGCAAACAGAGGAAUAGGGUUCGAGAUAGUGAGACAGCUGGCAGGACAUGGAGUCACAGUAAUACUAACAUCUAGGGAAGCUAGUGCCGGAAUCGAAGCCUCAAGUGUAUUGCAAGAGCUGGGCUUAAGUGUGGCAUUCCACCAACUCGAUGUUUUGGACGAUUCAUCUAUCAAAGAGUUUUGUGAGUGGGUGAAAGAACAAUAUGGUGGCAUAGACAUUCUGGUCAAUAAUGCAGGUGUUAAUUUCAAUCUCGGUUCCGAGAAUUCGGUGGAAUUUGCUCGGAUGGUUGUUGAUACUAAUUAUUAUGCUAUUAAAAAAGUGACCAAGGCAAUGAUCCCACUUAUCAGACCGUCUCAAGCAGGUGGACGGAUCGUUAACGUCAGCUCAAGGCUGGGCAGAGUUAACGGAAAACGAAAUAGAAUCGAAAAUGAAGAGCUGAGAGCAAAACUAAAUGACUUGGAAACAUUGUCAGAGGAACUGAUCGAUGGAAUGAUGUCAAAGUUCUUAGAGCAAGUGGAAGAUGGGAGUUGGGAAUCUGGUGGUUGGCCUCUCACCAACACGGAUUACUCCGUGUCAAAACUAGGAGUGAAUUGCUACACCAGGUUGUUGGCUAAGGAGAUGGCUGAUAAUAGAGGCGAGGGUGAGAAAAUAUUUGUGAAUUGUUACUGCCCUGGGUGGGUUAAAACAGCAAUGACAGGGUGGGCUGGAACCAUAUCUGCAGAGGACGGUGCCGACACAGGAGUAUGGUUGGCCUUACUCCCUGAUCAGGCUAUUACUGGGAAAUUCUUUGCUGAAAGACGCGAGAUCGGCUUUUAAUUUAUUUAUUUAUUAGAUUUUGGGCAUAAUUCAAAACUUUUGUAUGUGGCUUAAUAAGUAAUUUUUCUUUCAUAUCAUGAUUGAGGAAGUAGUUGUAUUUUUUUUUUUUUGUUUUUGAAACUUGUGGUUGAUUGAAUCCAAGAUUUGUGUUUAAGUUUAAUUCAGGAACGCGUGGUUUUGGCCUUUUGAUCUGGCACUGCAGUAGCUCGUUUAUGUGAGAAUGUCUUCACGUGAAGCGCACAUGAUUGCGACUAUAUUGUUCUUAGUUGCCACAUUGGUGACUAUAUUGUUCUUAGUUAUAAUAUCAAUCAAAUGGUGACUGUAUUGUUCUUAGUUGCCACAUGAGUUCAUACAAAUAAACGUAAAGGAUAACU